AUGGCAGACGAAAACCAUCCUGCUCAUCUUUCACCGAGUGAACUAGGCACGAAGGACUACUGGGAAACUUUCUACGCAAGAACUCUCGCCCACAUCUCCAUCAAACAUGACUCAAAUACAUCCUCCACCGCCGUCCCUAAAGACAACAACGCCUCCUUCGCAUCGGACGAGUGCGCCACCGACGAUGAAAUCGACGACGACUCCGACCCGGGUACCUCCUGGUUCUCAGAACAUAAUGCCCCCGAUAAAGUCCUUCAGUUCUUGACCGAUGAGGCAUUCCCGCUCGCACCUUGUCAUACCCGUCGCUUGGAAACCUCGGAGGCCGACGAUGAUGAUGCGCAGACCCAGUCGUACAGAUCCAGUACCAGUGCCAGUGCCAGUACUGGUGUCUCUUCCCCUCAGUCUCACUCUCACUCUCAGCCCUGCAUUUUGGACCUGGGCACCGGAAACGGGAGCAUGUUGGCCCUACUGAGAAAACGCGGCAAGUUCACGGGUGAUAUGGUCGGGGUGGAUUAUUCCCCGCGCAGCGUGGAAUUGGCUAGGGAGUUGCAGCGGUUGAGGAUUCAUUCGGCUUAUUUAUCUGAUUCUGAUUCGGAAGCUGAUUCUGAUGGUGAGGAUGGGUCCGAAGGCGAUAAAACAGAUACGAAUAUCCGAUUCGAAGAGUGGGAUAUUUUACAAUCGACGGAUGCCUUAUCAGGUGGUGAUCAUGAGAUCAACAGAGGAGAAAGAGGAGAACGUCGACUGGAUUGGUUCCCGUAUGACAAGGGCGGGUUUGAUAUCGUUUUGGAUAAGGGGACGUUUGAUGCUGUUUCGCUGUCUGAGGAAGUCGUAGAAGAGGAUAAUGGGAUUGGGGAUGGGAAUGGGAAUAGUCUGACGAACAGGAAGAAAGUACAGAGACGUGUCUGUGAGUGUUAUCCCCAUAUUGCGAGACGGUUGGUGCGAAAGGGUGGGUUUUUGGUGGUCACCAGCUGUAACUGGACGGAGGAGGAGCUGAUUCAAUGGUUUACUCGCAAGGAUGAGUCCAGUGGUAGUUCGGAGGAUCGUCUGCAGGUUUGGGGCAAAGUGGAAUAUCCUCGGUUCAGGUUUGGGGGGAAAGAAGGGCAGGGGGUCUGUACGGUUUGUUUUCAGAGGGUGUGA